UAUGUAAAGUUUCGUGUAAAUAAGUAGAGAAAUGAAUAUUAUGUGAUGAUUAUAUUUUUAAACAUUUGUUUUCUUUGUGACUGGCAAAACUAUUCGAAAACACUUUGUCAAAUCUAGUGCUGGAGUUUGACGGCCAGCUUUUCAUCCGGGUCACGUGCGAGGUCAAACAUGUCAAUGGAAAUCAGCAUCACAAUAAAAUGGAUAAAUAUCUGAUCAAAAGACCCCGUCUAGCAGCUGAUCCUCUUAGCAGUGAUGCGGACGCUGAAACGGAAACUAGGAUUGACACCAGUGACACUGCUGACGGCGUGAGAGAUGAUGACAGUGACAGCGAAGGCCACGUGCCACGCCGACAUCAUUUGCAUGACAAUCCACUGGAUUGUCAUGCAAAUGAUGUCGGCGUCAACCGUGAUACGGAUGUUGUCCCUCGAUUCCAAGCUCCAGCCCUUCCAUCAGCGGCACGGGCGUCCAACAAGAGCAAUUCCAAAAGGAAAUUCAACCCCAAAUGGCGUGAAAAGCAUCCUUGGAUAAGAUAUGAUCCUGUUAACGAUGGUAUGCUAUGUGGAGUCUGCAUUGAAUUUGGGGUGCCUGAUUCUGAGGAAUCUAAAAGGAGUCGGGGUGCAUGGACUACAGUAAUGGUACGAAAGUGGAAGAAAGCCUUGGAGAAGGUAAUGGAUCAUGAGCGGAGUCAGAUGCACAAAAUGGCAAAGGAACGCCAGGUGGCCAGCAAGCAAUGUAGAGAGUCGGGAGGGGUAGUGACUGUGGCGAUUGCAGGCCAAAUGCGUAAUCGAUUGGCCCUAAAGGAAAAGAAUAGAACAAUUAUGAAAAAAAAUUUGAGAACGACUUACUACCUGUGCAAGGCAAAAGCAGCACAUUUCACCAAUUUUCAGGAUACCCUGGAGCUGCAGAUUGAGAAUGGCUUGGAAGACUUGAAGCAUUUUUUGGACAAUGCUCCAAAAAAUGCUAAUUAUACUAGCCACCAAGUCAUUGAGGAGUAUGUUGCUGCAAUUGGUCUAUAUAUAGAAAAGAACAUUCUCGAGUCUCUCAGAUCUGCUUCAUACUACACACUACUCCUUGAUGAAAGUCAGGACAUAAAUACAGUAGAAGAAAUGAGUGUCUGUGCGAGAUGGGUUCCUCCUAAAGAAAAGCCAGUGGAGCGUUUUCUAGGCAUCCUCCCCCUGAAACGAACAUCUGCAGAAGUGUUGAUUUGA